AUGGCGUCUCCUAUGGGCGAACAUGGCACCUUCCAGGCUCCGAGUUCGGCACAGAGUCAGUCCAAGCCAGGACUGGAAAAGGACAUGCUGCCAUCUACGGAGUCGACCAAGCUGGAAUCCGAAGGCCAGUUUAUCGAAUAUCUCGGAUCGGGCAAGCUGAAGGACGAGAAAGUCCUCCUCACAGGAGGAGAUUCUGGAAUUGGUCGAUCAGUAGCCUUUUCUAUGGGAAGAGAGGGCGCGGACAUCAGCAUCGUCUAUCUGCCCAAGGAGCAAGAGGAUGCAGAAUACACCAAGAGUGUGAUUGAGAAGGAGGGACGAUCUUGUCAUCUCAUUGCAGGGGACUUGAGGGAUCGUGCUUUUUGCUGUCAGGCAGUACAGCAACAUGUCCAAAAGUUCGUGGGUCCCAAUCCUGCUAUUGAUCUCGCUGACGCUAGAGCUAGGUUCGGCCGUAUUAACGUCCUGAUCAACAAUGCGUCAGUCCAGAACAUGUGCAAGAACUUUGCGGACAUCGACCUGGACCAAGUCGAGGAUCUCUUCCGGACCAACAUCAUCCAGAUAAUGGCGUUGACGAAAAUCACCGUCCCAGCUGACAUGAGCCCCAGCAUUAUCAACACUUCCUCUGUCGUGACUUUCCGUGGGUCAGGCACCAUGGUCGACUACGCCGCGACGAAAGGUGCUAUCGUCGGCUUCACUAGAUCGCUGGCAGUACAGUUGAUCCCCAAGGGCAUUCGAGUCAAUGCAGUGGCCCCUGGUGCCGUCUACACACCCAUCCAAGUUGACACUCGAGAUGCCAAGGACAUGGAGGGAUGGGGCACGAAGGCAGCGCUGGGUCGACCCGGUGAACCCAGCGAGGUGGCAACCAGUUUUAUCUUUCUGGCGAGUGCAGAGUCCGCCUUGUGGUACGGACAGAUUAUGCACUGUCAUCCAAUUGGGGACUAG